CACACCUCCAGACAGCAACCUCCACCACUGCCUGCCUCACCUCCGCAGGCUUCUGCUCCGACAACCUGUUCCUGCUCGUCCCAAGUUCGGCGCAACAAAGAUCACGGCAUCUCCUUGGAGGUCGAAACAAAGACGACGCAUAUUUCACCCCAACCUGUCACUGCACCCGACACGGCAACGUUCCCAGACCUGUCUGUCGACCUUGUGCUCAUCAGCCGAGGGGUUCGAAGCUUCGCGAAGAGCUCUUGACCACCGCGCACUUCAAGAGCGCGACACCUGCCGCUAGAGCCUGCGCUCUUGCAUUUUGUUUGCGCGGCCGCCAGGAAAACAAGGCUAUCAACCAAUCUGCCGUGUUCGCGGUCGUCCCGACGUCUGUCUGCCCACAAUGUUUCGCCCUGCGGCAACGUCUGCGUAUGACGAUGUCAUCGCCAAGGCCACAAACGAGAACCUCACUUCCGAGGACUGGGGUGCCAUCAUCGAGGUGUGCGACAAAGUGACGAGCGAUCCCAACGGACCCAAAGAGGCAAUCUCGAGCAUAAUCAAGCGCUUGGCGCAUCGUAACGCCAAUGUACAACUCUACACACUGGAGCUUGCUAAUGCGCUGUCGCAAAACUGCGGCAAGCCCAUCCAUCGCGAGCUGGCCAGCCGCGCCUUCACCGACUCGCUCCUGAAACUUGCCAACGACCGCAACUCUCACCAACAGGUCAAGUCAAAGAUCCUUGAGCGCAUGAAGGAGUGGUCUGAUAUGUUCAGCCAAGACGCAGACCUCGGGAUCAUGUACGAUGCAUACUUCCGCCUCAAGCAGUCGAACCCUACACUACACCCGCCGUCGGCGCCUCAGAAAACUGGCCUUACCGACCUGGAUCGGCAAAAGGAGGAGGACGAGUUGCAGAUGGCGCUGAAGCUGUCCUUGCAGGAAGAGGAGCGUAAGAAGUCUGUGUCGAAUGCUGCGGGGCCAAGCUCCUCCAGUGCUGGCCCUUCUACAGCUGCUGAGCCAGUAGCGGCUCAUCCUACCGGCACUACGGCUGCAACGGUGUCGCGUGUGCGCGCGCUGUACGACUUUGUGCCUACAGAACCAGGCGAGCUCGAGUUCAAGCGGGGCGACGUGAUUGCGGUUCUCGAGUCCGUAUACAAGGACUGGUGGCGUGGCUCGCUCAAGGGCAAGACGGGCAUUUUUCCAUUGAAUUACGUCGAGAAGCUUACAGAUCCUACACCCGACGAACUCCAGCGCGAGGCACAGAUGGAAGCUGAGGUGUUUGCGGAGAUCAAGAACGUGGAGAAACUCUUGACUCUGCUCAGCACAUCCAAUACAGCACCACGAGAAGAGGACGAUGGGGAGAUCUCGAAACUCUAUCACCAGACUUUGUCCAUUCGGCCAAAGCUGAUCAAGCUUAUCGAAAAGUACUCGCAGAAGAAGGACGAUUUCACCCAGCUCAACGAGAAGUUCAUCAAGGCCCGGCGAGACUACGAAUCACUUCUUGAGCAGUCAAUGUCGCACCCUCCCCAGCACAGCUACCACCAUGGCUAUGCGCCACAGCCACACAUGCCACAAGGUGUUCCGCCGGGCAUGCCCCAGGGGAUACCCCAAGGCUACCAUAUUCCAGGUGCUCCUGCUGGGCCAGGAGGUCCUGGGCCCGGAUAUGUACCUCAGGGGCCACUACCUGGGCAACAGGAGCCACAGAGAUACUACACGCCAGGACCCCAAGGCCCUCCUCAAGAACAGUAUCAGGCUACGUCACCACCUCCUAACAACUUUCAACGUCAAACACCCGCUCCUGCGCCUUUCUAUCUCCACGGCGCAGAAGUGCCGCCUCCAGGCGCCUCGGCACCUCCACAGCAACAGCAUCAACAGCAGUACCCUCACCGAGAACAACAACCAUCAAGAAUGGCAAACACCGCCAACGCCCCCGCCCCGAUCCAGACAGCAAUGUCGCCGCCGCCUCAGCAAAGCUACCACGCUUAUGCACCUCCCCAAGCUGGACAACGACCUCAGAGCCAGUACGGUGGCAACCCACAGGAGCUAGCUACUUCUGUGUACGAUUCCCCAGUGGCUGCACACCACCCUGGCAGUCCUCAAGACGAAUACCCAACCUACUCCCAGGACGAGACUCAUCUCCCAAGCCCCGGAGGACCGAACAAACAAGCGCCCUCCUAUGGCCCGCCUCAGCCUCCGCAAGGGGCAUCAGCUCCGUCUGGAUACGUACCUCAACAGCCGUCGGCGCCACCAACGCAACCCCAGUACGCUGCCUUCAACCCUAAUGCACAGCAAGGUCCCUAUGACAACGCACCCAGUCACCCACCGCCUCAGCCCACCGGUCCUGCGCCACCGAUUCCUCAGGCUGUGAUGAGUCCCCCACCGCUUCAACCCAGCGGACCUGCCUUUGACGCUCGACAGAGUCUGCCAAGUCAAGCCGCUGGUAGGCCGUCUCAGCCAAGCCAGCCAAGUUACAGAGCCUAUGUGCCUGGCGGAGGUGCUCCUUCUGCAGCAGGUGUCGGCCCACCGGGCGGACUUGGAGAGCCCAGUGCGCCACAAGACUUUUACCGGCAGAGCGCGGCGUACUGAGGAGGGAAUAGUGUGAUGGGUUGAUCAAGGCGACGAACGGAUGCCGGAAUUGGCAGGCUAGGUGGUGGAUGCUGAAGGUGUUUCCAUGGUUGAGGCAACUUCGCGUGUACUUGAGACGACGGUUCUUGCUGUCGUGGGUGGAAGCCUUUGAAUCCUUUGCGCCAAGAUCAGGGUGGUCAAUGACUAGCAACGACAGUUCACAUGUUGGCCGUGCUAAAUGUUCUGUAUAGCGAGCAUUCAAAGCCAAGAUUCUUUUUCUGUUCCCCGAAUUUUACCCACAAGGGCCGAGUGCGGUGCAAGGGCAAUGCAUACAUAUACCUUUUCUUUCCCGAAACCGUGCCCACGUACUUCAUUCUUGACAUGUGGCCCCCUCUUCAUGCAUUGUGUUGUGAACGGACUUUGGCUCAGGAUUAGCCAAGUCUCUACUCUGGUGGAAUGAGCUGGCUGAACAGGUG